AUGAUGAAGAGGUUCGCGGACGAUGACGACGAGGACGAUGACUCUUUCUCCAACCACAGCAGCCUUAAAUUUACGAGGCAGGGUGACACAAAAACCAAUGACCCCAAUAAUCGAUUCUGGGGAGGUGGACCACCUUCAUCAUGUGGGAUAGGAGGACCAUCUGCGACAGUUGACAACCCUGCCAGCCACAGAAACGAUCGGCAUCACGGACGACGAAGAAAUAGAGGCGCAAAAAUUGCACCAGGGCUUGUACCAUUCACGCCGAAGGUGGACCCUUACGCUGAGGCUCCGCAUGGCUUCCAAUUCAGCUGGAACAAAGCUGAAAAUGUGCCCCUGAAAAAAACUUGGACCACUCUGGAUCCGAAAACAGGAGCUGUCAAAUAUGAAGAGGGAAACCAGGAAGCAGAGGAAGAGAAUGCACCAGAAACAUACAUGUGGAAUCCAUCCGAUGCAAGAAACACCCCUCUUGCUGCAACGUUUGGAACCUCCCGCGUAGUGUCCGCCGAGGAAGUCAAGGAGAAAAAGGCACCGAAGGUUGGAGGUCUUACUGAAAAAUUUCUUCAGAGGCUUGACAGGCAAUCUCGUCGCGACAGGGCCGAGUCAAUUGAUGAUUAUAUUGAUAUAUCUUCCACCCCUGGUUCUCCUAACGCUCCUCCUUCUGAGCCAAGUGUUAUGGAAUAUCACCCCGCCUUGCCGCAAGGUAGCGUGGCCACAGAUGAAAGGGCUCACAACCAACCCAUCCAAAUAGAUGCGGACGUGAGAAAAAACUUCAUAGAUAACAUCAAUGCUAUGCAUGAUGCCCAUCCUGCACUAACGACGUUUGAGCUGCGAAAUCAAGGCGGCUGGCUCCCCCAAAACAAGGCACCAGCGGUGUACAUCAACGAAUUCGGCGAUGGUAAUACUGUCGAGGUCAAAAUGAAGAUCGAGACGCGAACACGCAAGAUGAACGAGAGGGGAGAAUACGAUGGCGAGGAUUUGGGUCAGAUAAAGAAGCGCUAUCGACGGGGGUUCUCUGAAAUGCUCCAAACACGCGAGGGCGAAAUGAUACGUGCGACUAAAGAAUACCUCGAAUGGCAGGCCAUGCCCCUUGAGGACCGCAUGGAACGGUUGACACUCAUCCGUCAGCCCAUCAAUCUCUGGCAAAAGAAACCAGGCGCAGAUGAAAUCGACCAGCAUGAGCUGCAUUACCUCCCAAAAUUCUAUGAGAGACAAAUCUCACGAAGGAAGGAAAAGCAGCGCAUGAGAGCCAUUCUUGCCGAUAAAGCAAAGCAGAAACAAAAAGACAAUGCCAGUACCUCAUUGGAAACCGCAGAAACUGGUGACACUCUUGACACCUGGGGGGUAUUGGGCGACUGCGAUGACCCGCCGGUUGGGGGCACAAGUGGUGGCUCCCGAACUCCUAGGUUGGGUGAUGACAGUUGGCAAGAGAUGUUGGAGCGUCUGGUCGAUAUUGACCCACGUAAGGAUUCGAGGUCUCCGUCUCGGUCGCGCUCGUCCUCCAAAUCCGCCUCUGUGGCUGGCUCGAUGGCCGCAGAACGCGUCUUUAGGCCCCCCGACAGAUUGUAUAAUGACCAUCGCUACAAGCCGCGUCCACGUCUGUAUUCGGGCGGUUCCGGCACAGGAAACUCAGUUACUGGACCUCGCCAAUCCAGGCCACGAUCCUCUCAUCCAAGCCCGUCCCCUGCCGCAUUUUCCAACUCGUGGUGUGCCACAGACGACGGAAGCGACGCAUCCUCUACCGUCAGAGGCCUUCGCAAUGCCCCCCUCGACCGUCACAUAUUCAACGGCUCAGGCAUUGACCGAUCAAGCGAUGGAACCAACGCAGCGAACGGACUCGCCGAUCUCAUUGCCGCCUAUGACGACUCUCCCACUCUCAGAAUACCAACGGAUACUGACAUCCCGUCUCCACCAUUCACUGAGCUUGAGCAAGUACUAUAUAACCGUGCGAUUGGGAAUAUGGGAGAGCGCGGCCGCGUCGUCACGGUGCGUCUCCAUGCAGUCCAGGAAUCCCACAUGGCACCAGGCAGCGUGCUGCCAAAAUUUACACCAGGCGCCAUUGCAAACAAAGUCUUUGGUGGGGUAAUCCAAGAAUUCCAACUACACCCUGGAAAACGUACGGCAGUUGUCGUCUUUAUGCACCCGAGGGAGGCACGUUCGUUUGUGCACCAUGUCCGUAACAUAAGAGAGAAAGGUACGGGACACGCUAUCAGGGACCUUCAGAUCGAGGCCUCGUGGUUCAGAGGCGCAGAAUCCCGUGCUAUCCUCCCCGCCCAGCCCAAUCUCCUCAAACACAGCAUCUCUAGAGCCAAGCGCUGCAUACUCCUCUCUCACAUCCCGAAGGAAAAAUCAAACCGCGUUGUCUUCCAAGAGCUCUCAGAGUGCUUUGGCACGAUUCUUGUGCGCACCUCCCUUAUCACGCCACCGCAGAAUUAUGUCCUACAAUCCGAGGGAAAGCAGGCUUUGGUUGAGUUCGCGAACCUCCAAGACGCCAUGCGCGCGUACGAUGACCUGAAUGCGGGUCUUAUCGCCGGGUACGAAAACGUGAACCCGGAGUUUAAGAACGAGUCGACGGAGAAGAGAGCGAUUAUGAAGGAUUAUUGCGGAUGUCUUGGUUGUGAUGACAAGAGAACCGCAAAGUCCAGGGAGAAGGAGAACAAGAAGCGGAAGAUGGAUGAGCAGAUGAUGGAGGAUGAGAAUGAGAUGUCAAGCUACGAUGAUAGUGCGAGUGAUUAG